AUGACAAAUGGACAUAGUAAUAGGAGUGGGGGCCACAACAGCAUUGGUGGUAAUGGUUGUGGUGGUUGCGGUAGAGGUGUGAUGGUGGUGCUAAUAGUGGGAUAUGUUGGUUGGGGUGGAAAGGUAACAAUGGUGGUAGGGCGAUGUUGCAGUAAUGGUAGUGGUGGCGGCGGCGGCGAUGAAGGCAUCGAUGGUGGUAAUAAUGGUGGUAGUGGUGGUGGUGGCAUUGGUAGCGGUGGGGGUGGCGGUAGUGAUGGUGGUGACAAUGAUCGUAGUGAUGACAAUGGUGGAGGUUGUGGUUAUGGCGAUGGUGAUGGCAAAAAUGAGUGGUGA